AAGCAAGAAGAACAAUGCAUUUAUUCAGAAUAAAUACAACAUAGGUUCUAACUAAAAGACUGUCUAAAUAUUGUCUUAAAACAUAUUUUAGCUAUCUCCUGCAAGUUAUUUUAAUGUUUUGAGAGAAAAUAAUCUUUUUUUGGUAAAGUACUGCUUUAUCCUUAGCCUAUAUUACCCUCCCUUACCGUGGUACUUACACGUCCAGCGAAGUCUGGCACAAACAGAUUGAAGGGUUUUUAUAGCAGCCUAUGCCAAACACUGGCGAAUGCAUUUAAUCGAAUCUUAAAAAAGCGAUUGGCUAACAAGAGCAAAAAAUGUCUGAGCAAUAUAAACAAAACGUUUAGGCCUGAUAUACAGUAUGGAAUUCACAGCACAUUUGUUUCGCCAACACCCCGCUUUUGAUACAGACAACUUGUCUACCUACUGCAGACGAUGCCUGACUGUCCCGAUGAAAUGAAGACGACGCGGGUUUCACACGCGAUGACCUACCCAACACAGCAGACAGUUUCUAUGAAACCUUGGGAUUGUUCUGUUGUAGUGGGGUUGAACUUGGGACUCGAGCCCCAGCCUCAGGUUCGCUCUCUCUGAAGGUUCAGAGCUCUGGUGCAAAGCUCCCUUUAAGGACAGCAAGCAAAAAGAUUUAUCAGGAGACAUGAGGAAGUGCAGUCCGUGGAUGUUCCUGCCCCUAAUGUUCUCUAUCUUCACAGCUGCUGGCCUCUGGGUUGUGUAUUUUAUUGCUGUAGAGGAUGAGAAAAUCUCCCCCCUAAGUUCAGAGUACAAAAGGGAAGAAUCAAAGUCUCCUCCUUAUAUCAGCAUUGCUGGCAAUGCCCCUCCUGCAAGCUGCGUUUUCAGUCAGGUCAUGAACAUAGCAUCCUUUGUAGGAUUUAUCCUUGGAGUGCUGAGAUAUCUGCAGCUGAAACCUAAGGUGCAUAAACCCUGGCUUAAUAUUGGCAGUUUGGUGGCUAUGUCCCUUGCAUGCUUUGGUAUGACACUAGUUGGGAAUUUUCAGCUGUCAAAUGAUGAGGAGCUGCAUAAUAUUGGAACAUCCAUGACCUUUGGCCUAGGCACGCUCUUCUGUUGGAUCCAGUCCUUCAUGACCCUGAAGGUCAACUUGAGAAAUGAAGGCAAACGAGCCGGCAUCCCCCGCUUCUUAUUGUCUGGAGCUGUCACUUCUUGCAUGCUGCUCUAUUUUGCUUUAAUGGCACAGAGGCUACACAUGCAUGCUGCCCGGGCACAAUGGGCUCUGGUUAUGUUCUUCCUGACAUAUCUGGGCACAUUUGCCAUUGAGUUCCGUCAUUAUCAUUUUGAGAUAGUGUGUAGCGUAGACCAGGACCCUCCACUUAGCCUGUCUGAAACUUUCUCUGAGGUCACAGAGUACCAAUCAGACCAGCUAUAGUCCAACUUCAAAAUGUCUGUCAAGUUCGAUACUUAACGGUUUUGCAAGUUUCAGUCAUGCAUGUAAAUAGAAUGUAACCCCUCCAGACAAAUCUCUGGAUGAUUCUUCUGAAUGUCUAGAGAUGUGAAUUUUAAAAUCAACAGUCUUGCAAUGCACAACGACUUACUGUGAUGUGUUUCAUGUUUAUUUGUGAAUCAAGCAUCAGAGACAUUUACAAAAUAAGAGGAUAUGAAUACAGGAUCAGUUUUUCUUGGCACACAUUGUCUUUUUAAGUUUUAAACUAUGCUUUUUUAUUUAAAGAGUUCAACAGUGUAUAGACACUAAUAAACUUUUUACAAUAUACAGUUUAACUAAUAA